GGCCACUUGAAAGUGGUGGAUGACACUAAUGUUUUCUGUAUAUAUAGAUAUAGGCAAUAUCCAGCAAAUAGAUAGAGGCAAUUUCCAGCUAUAUUGACAUUGACAUUGAUAUUGACAUUGAUAUUGUUUGUGUAUAUAUAUAGAGAGAGAGAGAGAUGCAAUAUCCAGCCAGAGUUAGGACCAUUUAGGUUACUUUCAUUCCUACAAAUGAAAAGAUUCCCUCGGAGCCUCUGCUGUCGUCACUUGAGUUAGAAAUGAGAGAUAACCAGGGUGCGCGUGUCCCGCCUGCGGUCACCACUGGGGUGAAGCCAGGGAGCACGAGACAGCGGCGUCGCACGGCCAAGGUUGUCGGAGCACCCAGAGGAGCGCGAGGGCCUGAGAGAGAGCUUUCUGCUGCAGCCCUGAAAACUGUGGAGCAGCCCCUCUUCCUGCUACGCAGAGAAGAGCAAGAGGCCUUCUUCAGUCUCCUGGAGGAUGGCUUGAUACAAGAGUUCCUGUCAAUGGACACAUGCUACAGAAUUUCAGAUAAGUAUCUUAUAGCUAUGGCUAUGAUGUACUUCAAACGAGCUGGCCUGCCUACGAGGGAGUACACACGGAUCAACUUCUUCACCGCUCUGUACCUAGCUAAUGACAUGGAAGAAGAUAUGGAAGACUACAAAUAUGAGAUCUUCCCUUGGGCGCUUGGUGAGAACUGGAGGCAACUUUUCCCACAGUUCUUGAAAAUGCGAGAAGAUUUCUGGGCUAAAAUGAAAUACAGAGCCUAUGUUAGUCAACGAUGCUGUGAUGAGAUCAUGUUGAAGGAGCCGGCUCACUGGGCCUGGUCCCGUGAACGAGCCAUCCACCACAGUGGCGCGCUGAGGAGUUACCUGGUAGAUGAAAAGGACGUGUUUCCUAGAGGGCCUGGUGUUACACCCCCAGACUGCCUUCUCUGUGCAUUUGAUCUGGUAGAAAACGAUGAUAGCGAAAGGACUCCUCCUGCCAGCGACCUGUUGCCUUGCACAGGCAAGCCGGGAUGUGAACUGCUUUCCUCUGCUGGAUCCCAAGGCUACGUCACGCAGACCCUGCAGGAACCUGCUAUGGAGACCGAUGGAGCUGGCAGGCAGUGGCCACUGGUGACAGCAUCUCCGGUGGCGACGGAUCCCCUCCACACACACAUACUCUGCCUCCUCUGAGUGGCAUUCAUCGGGUGUUCUCCGGUCUCUGUUCAGCAUUCUAUUUUUCCCCUCAAGCACUUUAUCUUCCUGUUCACGAAAAAGACAUGGACCAAUGCCUGUGUGUAUAAAAAUAUAAGAGCUGUCUGGUGUGACAUGUACAAUUCCAAAUCUGUGAGGUGGAUGUUUGUAAUAAAUGUCUAGAAGGACAGGCUUAUUCUGGGAA